AGACAUGAGUUAGUUAGUCAUUUGGUGUUAUCAUACUGAUUUCUUUUAUAUGGAACGAUUGUGAAGCUCUGUCAUUGGCAAGAUCUUUUCUGGAGACAGGACUCCCAAUUCCUUUUAGUGUUUCAUUUUACUCCAUAGUUGUCAGAUCUAGUACCCCAUUGUUCAACACACCAUAGAAAGUAAGAAAAAUGGGAGUCCUGUCUCCAAAAACCCUGCAAUUGCAUUUGCUACUACCAAUUGUUGUGCUGCUUUCUGUUCUAUGUGCUACAAUUUCAGCUCACAUAACUUUUGUCCAAUGCCUUGUUAACCAUUCUGCACCUUCUUACCCAAUAGCUAAAGCAAUUUUCACACCUAACACUCCCUCAUUCUCUUCUGUCUUGCAAGCCUACAUCCGAAACCUUCGUUUCAACACCUCCACAACAAGAAAACCAUUCCUCAUACUCACUCCACUUCAUGUUUCCCAUGUACAAGCAGCCAUUGUUUGUGGCCAAAAUCACAAAUUGCAUAUGAAAACUCGAAGUGGGGGCCAUGACUACGAGGGUGUGUCUUAUGUGGCAGAGGUGCCAUUCUUCAUCCUUGACAUGUUCAACCUUAGAUCCAUUGAGGUUGACAUAGCCUCUGAAACAGCUUGGGUCCAAGCUGGUGCCACACUUGGUGAGCUUUACUACAGAAUUGCUGAGAAGAGUAAAACUCAUGGCUUCCCAGCUGGGGUCUGUCCCACUGUUGGGAUUGGAGGACAUGUUAGUGGAGGUGGCUAUGGCAACAUGAUGAGAAAAUAUGGUACUUCAGUGGAUAAUAUUGUUGAUGCACAAAUAGUGGAUGCUCAAGGGAGGUUGCUUGAUAGAAAAUCCAUGGGUGAAGAUCUGUUUUGGGCCAUAGCAGGUGGUGGUGGAGCUAGCUUUGGUGUUGUCCUUUCCUACAAAAUCAAGCUAGUUCAAGUUCCUGAGACAGUCACUGUUUUCCAAGUUCAAAGGACUCUGGAGCAAAAUGCAACAGACAUAAUUUAUAACUGGCAGCAUGUAGCACCAACCACCAGCAAUGACCUUUUCAUUAGGCUUAUCUUGGAAGUGGUGAAGGGUGCACAAGAGGGAACAAAGACAGUGAGGGCUACCUUCAUAGCUCUAUUCCUUGGUGACUCAAAAACUCUUGUUUCACUCAUGAGUGAGACAUUCUCUCAAAUAGGUUUGAGGCAAUCAGAUUGCACUGAAACAACAUGGCUUAGAUCAGUGCUGUUUUGGGACAACAUACACAUUUCCACCCCUGUUGAGAUUUUGCUUGAAAGACAACCUCAAUCCCUCAAAUACUUGAAAAGAAAAUCUGACUAUGUGAAGAAACCAAUUUCCAAGGAGGGUUGGGAAGGGAUUUGGAAGAAGAUGAUUGAAUUGGAGAAUGGAGUGAUGUAUUUCAACCCUUAUGGUGGAAGAAUGGAUGAGAUUUUACCAUCAGCAACUCCUCUGCCUCACAGGGCUGGGAACCUUUGGAAGAUACAGUACCAAGCAAAUUGGAAUCAACCAGGGGAAGAUGUGGCAAAUCACCACAUAAAUGUGAUAAGAGAGCUUCAUGAGUAUAUGACUCCUUUUGUCUCUAAGAACCCUAGACAGGCUUAUCUCAAUUACAAGGACCUUGAUUUGGGGAUCAACCACCAUGGUUUUCUUAGCAGCUACUUUGAAGGGAGUGCUUAUGGAGUCCAGUAUCACAUGGAGAAUUUCCACAGGUUGGUUCAAAUAAAGACCAAGGUUGAUCCUGGAAAUUUCUUCAGGAGUGAACAGAGCAUCCCUGUGCUUGGCCUUAUGGAAAGAGCUAAAAUGGUAACUGAAAAAUUGUUGAUUUAUAUUUUGUUGUGUUUGGGUGCUAAUUGGAUUUGGAAACUCUCACAAGGUCGUGUUGCAAGAAAAAAUAAAAUUCAAUAGACCUUGUAAAAAGGAUGAUAUUUUUUUUUUUUUGGCUUAAUCCUCAAAUUAGUCUCUGUCUUUGUUUCUCCAUCUGAUCUAAGUCUCUUCCCGAAAAAAUUUGUGCAAAAGGUCCUCAUUAUUGCAAAACGUACGGAGCCCGUCCUCGCUCCGGCGAGUGAUGAAAUGACACGCUCCGGCGAGGACUGGCUCCAUACGUUUUGCAAUGAUAAGGACCUUUUGCGCAAAUUUUUCCAAGGAAAUACUUAGAUUAGACAGCGAGACAAAGACUGGGACUGAUUUGAGGAUUAAGCCUAUUUUUUUUCACCAGUGACUGUCUGUCUGUCUCCUCACAAACUCUAAUACCUCACAAACUAUCGCUGAUCGUCAGCAUUUGCCCUACUUCCAUAAGGAUUGUUGUGGCUGAAUCCAUGUUUACUUCCAUCAACUUGACACAUUUUCUUCCUUUUCUUAUUGUCGUUAAUGUUCAGACUCAGUUUUGGUGGGUUUGAAAAACAGAAUGAAGCAGCAACAUCCUACAAAUCAAGACUGGGAACGUUGAAUGGGUUUUGAUUUUCUAGGAUGGUUUUUAUUUUUUUGGUUGAUCUAGUUGAUGAAUGGGUUUAUGAAGAAGGGGAAGAGUUUUUUGUGAAUAUGAUGAAAGAAGGGGAAUGAAGAUGAUGGAAGAAAGAAGGAAGUAGAAAGCGACUAAAAUGAUAGGAAAUUAGAUAGAUAACAUUAACUAUUCAACAGAAGCACUAAAUUUACGGUUAAAAGAUUGUCUAAGAGCAUCUCUAAUGGUAGUAUAUAAUGUUAAAUACAUACUCAUAUGAGUAUCUAUUACCAUUGGAGUACAUGUAAAAUUUCAACAUGGCAAAAAUGAGUAUGUGGGAAUAGAUACUCUACAUUAGACUUGAAAAGUGAGCUUGUAUUUAUUACAAGCACUUACAAUUAAUAUAAUUAGAUUAAAAUGCAGAUAAAUAAUAAAAUUUACAAGUGUGAUGUUGAUGGUGGGAUCCACUAUAAAAACUUUUAAGAGUUGUUGGGUUGAAGUAAGAAGUUAGUAAAAUGGUGUAGAUGAUGUGGCAUUAUGAGGAAUUGUAAAAAAUGAAGUGUAAAUAUUUUAGUGAGUAUGAUGAAUGUAGAUGCUCUAAGUGGCAAAAAAACGUUCCAUGUCAACUCCUCCGUUACACUUUGUUUGUUAGAAGAGAGAUGCAAGAGAGAUAGAAGAGAGAUUGGUGAACUUACCUUGUUUGGUUUACAUUAAUGGUAGGUGAGAAAGAGAUUGGGGCUGGAUUUUCCCCCCUUUUUUCAUCUCUUCGCAAUUUGCGAAGAGAUUGGGGCUGGUCUUUUUUUUUUGUUAAACCGUCACUAAUUGCAUCUGACACCUAAAUUUUUACUUUUUGCAUUUAUAUAUGAUUUUUUAAUCAAAAGUUAACUUUUUUCUCUCUCUUCCA